CGUAACAGUGGUGCUGCACUGUUGUGUCCUGCUGCUGCACAAAAAUAUGUUUUUUCAGCGGACUGUAUUGCAUUUGUCUGCCCUCAUACGUGCAUACCACAUGCCUACAUCAAAGCAGUCUACUGUAACACGUCUAGAUACAGGGAAAGUCCUGGCAAAAGUAAUCACCUGCUGGUGUUUUACAAAAAUACAGAGUUUUUUUCGUGUAUUGUAGUGCAUUUUUCUGUCCUCAUCAGUGCAUACCGCAUACGUACAUCUAAUUAGUGUACCAUUUUGUACCUGUUAAUCUGUGAAAGUCCAAGCAACAGUACUCACCAGCUGGUGUUUAACAAAAAUACUGAGUUUUUUUGCGUAUUGUAGAGCAUUUUUUUGUAGUCAAUCGUGCAUACUGCAUACCUACAUCUAAGUAGUGGACUAUUUUUUACCUUUUAAUCUGUCAAGGGCCUACAUAUUGUGAAAGUCCAAGCAACAGUACUCACCGGCUGGUGUUUUACAAAAAUACAGAAUUUUUUGGCGUAUUGUAGCACAUUUUUCUGCCCUCCUAAGUGCAUAACAGAUAUGUACAUCUAAGUAGUGUACCAUUUUGUACCUGUUAAGCUGUCAAGGGCCUACAAGCUGUGAAAGGACAGCCAAAAGUGUUUUACAAAACUUACAGAGUUUUUAGGCUCAUUGUAGCGCAUUUUUCUGCCCUCAUAAGUGCAUGCCGCAUACCUACAUCAAAGCAGUCUACUAUUUUAUAUCUGUAACAAGUCUAGAUACUGGGAAAGUCCAGGCAAAAGUAAUCACCGGUUGGUGUUUUACGAAAAUACGUUUUCCAAGUGUACUAUAGAGCCUUUUUUUCUGUUAUAUGUGCAUACCACAUAGCUACAUCUAAGUAGUGUACUUUUUUGAACCUGUUAAUCUGCAACAAACCCACAUACAGUGAAAGGCGUGUAGUGAAGCGUAUUUUACUCCCCUUGUAUACGCCCUAAGUAUGCCAGGCAAAGAAGUGCCAGGACGUGCUCAGAGUAGUGGCAGAAGCCUAAAUUUAUCAGGCAGAGGUCGCAGCAGACUAUAGGCGAGUGGCAGCAGGAGUCCCAGAGAGAGGCCUGAGCUCCCGGUAUCAGCUACCGGUCAUGUCUCUGCCGACAACCCAUCUGUCGUCGUCGAUUGGUUGACGCGGUCAUCCCCUUCAUCACAAGUAACAUCUGAUACCCCCAGUCAACAGUCGGUGGGUUCCUCAGACACAACCCUCAGUUGGCAUGGCCCGGGAGCAGUCCCUGUCCUUCCAUAGCCUCUGUCCUAUGCUGUUCCCACCCCUAAGGAAUUAUCUUACGCAGAUGACAGUCAGCAGCUACUGCCCAGUCAAGAAGUGGAGGAGACAUCUGCCGCUUCCUAGGCUAGGCGGGCAAUUAUUGAUGAGGAGGGUGACGUGGGAGGUGGCGUUUCCAGCAUUCUGGGUCCUGAAUCAUACACUGUUUAGGAACCUGAGGAGGAUAUCAAUGACGUGCAGACAGAACUCGAUGAUGAUGAAGCCGAUCACACUUGGGAGCCGGGUGCAGAGGGGGCUUCAUCAGCAGCAGCAGAAGAGAGUUGCAGGUUGCCCAUGAUGCAGCAGAUGCAUGGUAGCAUGGUUGGUAGUCAGCAUAGUGGCAGAAGUGGAAUUUCAGGAGCCAAACGUGCCCGGGGUAGGCCACCUGCUUCGCGGCAGCCUACCUUCCUGGGAGGUAGUGGAACAGGGGUUCCUGGAGACGGUGGCAGUAGCAGGCAAUUAUUGUGCACUGUUGGUGGUACAAACAGAUACUCAGCGGUCUGGCAGUUUUUCAUCAAGCAUCUGGAGGAAGUUAACACAGCCACAUGCAAGAUAUGUCGGCAGAAGGUGAAGCGUGGACAGGGUAGCAAAGUUGGCACCACAGCCCUGCGUCAACAUAUGAUGCGCCACCAUAAAGCGGCCUGGGACAACCGUCGCUCAGAUGUGGUGGUCCAGCCUGCGGCAUCACCCAGUGACACGCCACUCCCUCCUUCAGCCAGGCAAGGGUCCACCACCUCAGGUGAAGGGAGCUGUGUGUCAUACCCUCCUUCUGUCUCUACAAAUGCUUCUGCUCCUCCUACUUGUAGUCAGCCAUUCCGCCAACAAUCCAUAGGCGAAGCCAUGUCCAAGAGACAACAGUAUGCGCCCACUCAUCCAAUGGAGCAGAAGCUGAAUGUCCUUCUUUCCAAGUUGCUGGUGCUGCAGUCCCUCCCAUUUCAAGUGGUGGACUCUGCACCUUUCAGAGAAUUGAUGGCUUGUGCCGAGCCGAGGUGGAGAGUCCCAAGCAGUCAUUUCUUUGCGAAGAAGGCAGUACCAGCCCUUCAUAUGCCAGUCCAUGAGCCUGUCGGUGUGUUCAAAACUGCACGGCAGCGCCGAAGUGUGGAGCUGUAACUACGGGCAGGGACAAUACAUGUCUUUUACAGCCCUCUGGAUAAAUGUGGUUCCUGCACAGCCACAACAGCAACUUGGACAGGUCACACCAUUUUCUCCUCCAUGCUCUCGCUCUCAGGCAGUUGGUCCUGUUACAGUGUGCGACGCCGCCUCCUCAUCCUCCACCGUGUCCUUGGCCUCCACUGCACGUACAAAUCUCAGUGGCCCUUCAUCGUACCAUGUGUGUAGGGCACAGCGGUGUCACACUGUUCUUCACAUGGUUUGCCUUGGCGAACGGAGUGACACAGGGGAGGAACUGCUAAAAUUCAUUUGUCAAGAAAUCGGAGUAUGGCUUACUCCACAAAAACUGGAAAUGGGAACCAUGGUGACCGACAACGGGAACAACAUUGUGUCCGCGCUUCAACAAGGAAGUGUGAAACAUGUGCCCUGCAUGGCACACGUGUUGAAUCUGGUUGUCAAGCACUUCCUGAAGUCUUCACCCCAUUUGCAAGACAUCCUGACAAUGGCAAGGAAACUGUGCAUGCAUUUCAGCCACUCGUACACAGCAAAGCACACCCUCCUUGAGCUGCAGCGUCAGAAAGAUAUCCCACAACAUAGUCUUAUUUGUGACGUUGCCACAUGUUGGAAUUCCACCCUCCAUAUGUUGGACAGACUAUACGAACAAAGAAAAGCCAUCACUGAUUUCUUGAUGAUCCAAGCAGAUAGGAGUACUCCCCUGUGUAACUUCAAUGUGAACCAGUGGCAGCUCAUACGUGACACCUGCCGUUUGCUGAGGCCCUUUGAGGAAGCCACAUUAUUUGUAAGUCGUCUGGAUUACGGGAUGAACAACGUAAUUCCACUCCUACAUUUCCUACAACAAAUGAUUGAAACAAUGGCUGGUCAUGGCAAUGGAAACGCUGCGCCUACAUCUCACGGCUACAUCAGCCCUGUGAGGGCUGAACUGGAGGAGGAGGAUGAGGGGCAGAGUGGAGCACAGUUUAGGUUUGAUAAGAUGGCCGGUGUUUCUAGUCAUCGGACAGGAGAGGAGGAGCAUGAUCAGCUAGAGGAGCUAGAGGGUUAUGAGGAAGGCGAGACAGAGGACCCAGACACACCGUGGCAGUAUGCAGUGGAGAUGGAAGCAGGGAGUCCCUCCGAGUCACUGGUGCAAAUGGCACAAUGCAUGCUCAGUUGCUUGCGUAGUGACCCCCGAAUUGUCAUAAUUAGUCAGCGGGAAGACUUCUGGCUCUCCACCUUGUUGGACCCUCGCUACCGUCACAGAAUGGGGGCCUUUUUUACUCCCACUGAGAGGGAUGUCAAACUGACUUACUACAGAGAGAUCCUAUGUAGUCAGUUGGCUAAUGCCUAUCUGCGACAUGGUCCAUCCACUCGCAGGUCUGACUCGGGGGGCCCUCUGUGCUCACCUUCCACUGUCAUAGCUGCUGGGGAGGGGUGGCAGGAGCAGUACCAGCUCCAAUACCAACAGCCUAAGUCAUACUUGAUUUAUGGCCGCAACUAGCAGAGUUUGCCCUGAAAGAGCUGUCCUGCCAGGCCAGUAGUGUGCCAUCAGAGCGGGUGUUUGGUGCGGUUAGGGCCAUAGUCACCCCAAGGAUUUCCAGCCACCAAUGCCAGAUGCCUCGGAGUAGAUUGACCUUGCUGCUACACCAACACUUCACAAUUAUGGUUAUGAAACCUUCUUGGGUUAUCAAUUAGGGUUAUGAAACACUCUUGGGUACUGCGAAUGCCUGCUCCUGACUGAUCCUGUGUCUUACAGGAACUACUUGCCUCACUGAUGCUUUUGGGCUUGGGCCUUAAAUUUUUGGAUGUUUAGCACGAGCUAAAUACAUGCUUAAUUGAAAUUUUAAAAUUGAUUGUGCAAUGUAAGGGGUUAUGAAACUGGUACUUCUGAUGCCUACUGCUGACUGCUCCUGUGUCUUUCAGGAACUACUUGGCUUACUGAUGCUUCAGGGCUUGGGUUACAUUUUUGGAUGUUUUGCACUAGCUUACAUACAUGCUUAUGUCUGGGUCCGGACUGGUAUACAGAGAGGACACUGGAGGUGGAUCCUCUGUGUCAGUGAGGUGAUGGCGUGGGCCGUACCAGGGGAAUGGAAUCUAAGGGGUUACUGGUUUUCACCAGAGCCCGCCGCAAAGCGGGAUGGACUUGCAGCGGCAGGUAACCCCCAGGUCUUUCCACCCGAUAGCGACUCAACCUCACUCACAGCUGAGUCAGGCGCGGUACACAAGGACAAGGCAAGAGCAAGGUCGGACGUAGCAGAAGGUCUGGGCAGGCAGCAAUGGUUCGUAGUCAGGGGCAACAGCAAGGGUCUGGAUACACAGGCUUGGGAUACACAGGCUUGGGAUACACAAAACGCUUUCUCAGGGAAUUAGGGCAACAAGAUCCGGCAAGGACAGGAAGGGGAAGUGGGUUUUUAUAUGUAUUGAACUGAUUGGGCCAGGCACCAAUUAGUGGUGCACUGGCCCUUUAAAUUUCAUAGAGCCGGCGCGCACCGGAAAGGUAGUGAAGGAGGACGUGGUGGGUGAGAGACACGGGGCGCGAUCUGAGAGUGGGCACGUCCCGCACCUCGGAUCGCGUCCCCUCCGGGAACAUGGAAGCAGCGCUCGCGGUCAGCGGUGCCGACCGGAGCGCUGCAUCCAGAAGCACGCCGCGAG